AUGGGUUUUCUGUUCUUUCAUGAAGAUAAUUCACAGCGGGAAAGCGCCCAGCCAGGCGAGUCCCGAGCAAAAGCUCUGGGCGCAGCCCGGGCUGGGCCUGCUCUCUCUUACAUCAGCCCCGGAGUGACUGUCACUGAGUCACGGCCGCCUGACUCCUCCCUCCCUCCCUCCGCUUUUCCCGCAAGGCACGGGCAUGCCUCGACAAGCUCCCCUUCCCCGGGGGCUCCGCAGCACCCCUGCCGUCCGGCGGCGGGAAGGCGCCCCGAGACGCCGGCCGCUCCCCCCCCCGCCCCUCUCGCGACGGGAACGGAGCCCCUCCGACGCCUCUCGCUUCGGGGAGGACGGCGUCCCGCUCCGCGGCUGGCUCCCCCUUGCAACGACCGACCGACCGACCCCUCGAAAGGUGACGCUGCGGGGCAGAAGCGGCAGGUUCCGUGCGCGCUCAGGCGUCGCCCUCCCCUGGCUGGGCGCAAAUGCCGGCUUACCAAUCCCCCCAUCGCUCAACACGGCCCUAACCCGACGCCGCUCUCCAAGCGGUGCUCGCAGGGACCUCCGUGGGCAUCGCAGUUACAGGCACGCCGGCGAGAAGAGCCGCGGCAAGGUUUCGACGAGGUCCCGUCCGGAUUUGGGGCCCCUUCGAAGGUCUGGGUCUCCCGCCGGCCUCUUACUCGGAAGGAGAGCGGAGGCGCGCCUCCAAAGGAAAGGCGAGCGCCAUCCCGACCGUUCAUGCCCUUAGGAGGAGCUCAGGGAGAACAGGUGGAGAAGAUGACGGCACCUCCCGCGGAAAAGCGCACUCGCCUCAAUACCCACGAACGGACUACUAGGAAGCCCCUAGAGCGACCGCGACCCGCUCCGCCCAGUAGUCCCCUGGCCCCGUCCAAGCGCUCGCCUCUACGGAGCUUCGCAUCAGGAGACAGAGACGAGCGAGGAGAAGGAAGGGGGCGAUGCGCGACACGCACCACGGGCGCGGGAUCCCCCCCCCCCCGAGAAGGGCCAAGAGGAUCGAGACAGGUGAGCCCCAGGCCGGGGGCGGGAGGCCCACGGGGGCCGUGA